AUGGAGUUGGAUUUGGUCUUGCUACGGAGACAGUUGGAAGCCAAUCCGUUUCAAACCACUCGCGACCUGGCAGUCGCUCUUGGGGUGAGUCAAACCACAGUUGUUCGCGAAUUGAAGUCAAUCGGCAAGGUGCGAAAACUAGGUCGAUGGGUACCACAUGCUCUGACGCAAUAUGAGAUGGACUGCCGCGCUGAUACAGCACUUUCUCUCCUCACGCUCAAGCGCACUCACACCUGGCUUGAGCACCUAGUCACCGGGGAUGAGAAGUGGAUUUCUUACUCUAACAUUUACUUGCGUGCCCAAUGGGUUGACAAAGGUACGGAUGCAGAAGGCGUCUCUAAACUCAACGCACACACCAAAGGUUAUGCUCUGCAUCUGAUGCAGCGUACACGGUGUCGAAUACUGGGAGCUGCUCGCUCAGGGAUGUACAGUGACCGCAGACGUCAACACUGA